AUGGCCUCAAGAAUAAAGACAGGGGAACAGUGGCUAGAGCUAGUGAACGAUGGAAACGUUCCUCUUGUGAAGGCUCUUGCCAAAAAGUUUAGCGGGAUCAUGGAUGAAAAUGGCAACACUGCGUUGAUCCUGGCGGUGAAGAAGGAUCAGCUGAAGAUGAUCCCCAUCUUGGCCCCCCUUGAGGCCCGGAAGAAGGAUGUUGAUGGCUACACGGCACUAAUGCAUGCAGUAAAGGCUGGCAAUGCAAAAGCAUGCGAGCUCCUAGCUUCCGCAGAGUACAUGGACACCCUUGAGGAUGGAUGCAAUGCACUCAUGCUCUCCCUAGAACGUGAGAUGCUAGACGUGACGCAGAUCCUUCUACCCUACUUUGACCUAUCUCCGGAUUCUAACGGAUUGACUCCCAUUGACUACGCAAUAUACAACAAGAAUUAUGAGGGGAUCAAUCUUCUCCUAAGCAAGUACAAUCCUGCCCCUGAAACGCUUCAGCAAAGCUUGAAAAGUGCACAGGAUCAAGGCCACCAGGAGGCGAUUACUAUUCUCACUACGCACUGCUCUACAUACCAGCCAGACCCGGCCUCGGAGGAGGUCUCUGACUCGAAAUCUGAUACUAGCAGCCUGAGAGGCUCCAAGAAGCUCAAAGUUAAAUCUAUAAAACCAGCAAAGCCGUCGAAGAAGGAUAAAGCCAAGGGGUCCAAUACCAGCUCUAUGAAUAACUCCAUGAUUGAUUCUGCUGAUAAUCAGACUCCUGUGUGUGCCAACCUAGAUGCGAAUGAGCUAAUACUUCCACUAGACAGCAAUCUGGCAGCAUCUAGCGAGUCUUUGUACGUAAAUCGCAUCCCCACUCCCACAUAUGAAGAGUGCUGUAUGGACAGUGCCCCCAUAGUUUUUGCUAGGAUGCGCCAAGGCCUGGCUGAGGCUGCUACAACUCCCUCGGCGGCAAAUGUCACCCAGCUCUAUCAGCAAAUUGCAGAGCUAGAGGCAGAGAAUGCCAAACUCAGGGACGAAAAUGCUAAGCUCAAAGCUGGGAUGAAUGCCAGCUUGGCCGGAUCUGUCAUUUCGUCAUCGCGCCUUCAGGACCAAGUCGUUGAGUUGGUCAAUAAACUGAGCCAUACCAAUGAGCGUUUGAUUGAGACUAUAGCCAUGUCUGAGUCAUUGACCAGCGUACCGGGUCUGUGA